GCACUCCUGUCCCUCUGUCCUAUCCAUCUCUCUCUCUUGUUGUUGGACAGAUGGGAGAUGACAAGGACAGCUCAGGGAGCUUCUCAGAGGAGCAGAAGGCCAAGCCCAUCCCCCCAAGGCCCUCGCUGGUAUCCCCUGAGCUGAAAGCCAUGAUCCGCAUCAGGACAAAGUACCAGGCUCUGAAGAGACGUCGGCUGGACUCAGCCACUGGGCUCUUCGCCUCAGGUAGACCCUCCACAGGCCCCGAUCCCGGCUCACUCACCGCCCCAGGCAGGUCUUCAAUGGGCACCGGCACACCCACCGCCCCAGAGAUCUUCAACUCCAAUGGCAAGGAGCCCCCCCACAGCAGGAGGAGGAGGAAGAGGUCUCGAGUGCUCUUCCCUAACAACUGUUGCAAGGUCGUCCCCAGUGACAAGGACCGGAGCCGGGCCAAACCAUUCUUUGUCCUCUUCGGUAUCAUCGUAUCCCUUCAGGUCACCUUUAAACUUGUCUAUUUCCCCUAAAGGGUUUACUGUGAUUAGAACCUGUCCACUCCUUUUCCCCACUCUACUUCAACCUCUCAGUCCCUAGUUACCCAACUACAGAUAUCAUUAUCCCCUGGGGUUAAUGUACAGGCACAGCCACAUGAUUUGCCUAGUACUGUAUAUCCCACGGUUGCCAUGACAGCAACAAAAUACAUUGCUUUUUUUUUUAAACCACUAAAUGUGUUGCAUUAUACUCAAAACAGCUAAAGGGCUUUGGAAAUGCCAAAUUAUGCUUCAGUUUCAUUGUGGAUGAGGAUAAAGUGGAGUUAUUUUCCAGUAUGUGAUUUGCUAAAUGUGUUCCACUGCUCACCUGUCCUCCUACUAGUGGCAUUGAACAGAAUCAACAGAAUGGAAUGUUAUUCCAGUCAAUAACACGUAACAAAAUGACUUCCCUUCCUGUCCUCUUGCAGGUUUACAAUGCCAUCGAGAACCUGGAUGACCAUGUGGCACCGUAUGACCUGGAGGGCCUGGAGAAGACGCUGCGCAGGGAAGUGUUUGGCCAGCAGGGGGCGAUAGAGGAGCUGAUGGAGCACCUCCAGGGCUACCUGUCCACCUACGCCCACUCCCAGCCCCUGGCCCUGGCCCUGCACGGCCCCAGCGGCGUGGGCAAGAGCCAUCUGGGCCGCCUGCUGGUCCGCCACUUCCGCUCGGUGCUGGGAGAAGACCUGGUGGUGCAGUACUUCACCCUACACCACUGCCCCCUGCAGGGUGAUGUGGGCCAGUGCGCCCGAAAGCUGUCCCUCUGGGUGGAGGAGGUGGUGGAGCAUGCCGAGGCUCAGGAGAAGAUCCCUGUCUUUGUGCUAGAUGAGGUGGAGUUGAUGUCGGCUCCGUUGCUGGACGUGCUGCAAGGCCUGCUUCAGCCCAACCAGACCAACGAGCAUCUGAACGUCAUCUAUGUCCUCCUCAGUAGUCUGGGGCAGGAGGAGAUCACCAGACACAUACUGCAGAAUGUCUCUGGCACGACGCAGGCAGCCGGAGCUCUACUGCGGCAUACCCUGGCAGAGCAUCACCCUCUGUGGGCAGAGGUGGGGCUGGAUAUUGUGUCCCUGAUGCUUCUCGAAAAAAGCCAUGUGAUGGAGUGUUUGCUGGAGGAAAUGACACAGGAGGGGUUCUACCCUGACCACGGCCAUAUUGAGCGGCUGGCAGAGGAACUGUCCUAUUUCACCACCAUGGGUCACCAGUACUCCCAAAAUGGCUGCAAACAAGUGGUGACUAGAGUCAACCUUUUGUGA